AUCCAACACGUCAAAUAUCGCCUCGUCCCACCUCGCGGCAGGUUUCUUUGUAUCACUCUUUGCUUGGCCGUCCAUCGAGACGUUUGGCCGGAUCAGGGCGAUGCCAGUCAGCUGCGCUGUCUUUUAGAUUGGUGCUGUUCUUAUAACGGCUACGACCUCGAGCUUGCCGAUGCUGUAUGCAAGUCGAGCCUUGCCUGGCUUUGGUGUGGGUGCUUUGACGGGUAUCAUCCCAUCUUACAUUGCGGAGGUCGCUUCUACCACUGUUCGUGGACUGUUCACUGGGGAUCUUGA